UCCGGCCGGGGCCGGGCGAGUCGCCAUGGCUGAGGCGGGCCUGGGGGCGCUGGAGCAAUGGCUCCAUAAAGCCACAGACCCAAGCAUCCCUGAAGAAAACUGGGAAUGUAUCCAGCGGUUCUGUGACCAGGUGAAUGCAGACCCGGAAGGCCCGUCCAUUGCACCCAGGCUGCUAGCACAUAAGAUACAGUCGCCUCAGGAGAUGGAAGCUCUUCAUGCCUUAACAGUGCUGGAGACAUGUGUGAAUAACUGUGGUGAAAGGUUUCACUACGAAGUGGCAAAAUUCAGAUUUCUGAAUGAACUGAUAAAAGUGCUGUCCCCGAAGUAUCUUGGAACCUGGUCUACAGAAAAGGUCAAAUCGAGAGUUAUAGAAAUAAUGUUCAGUUGGACGGUGUGGUUUCCUCAGGAAGUUAAAAUCCGGGACGCUUAUCAGAUGCUGAAGAAACAAGGAGUCAUAAAACAAGACCCCAAACUCCUAGAAGACAAAAUUUUACCACCUCCUUCUCCGAGACCUAAGAAUUCUAUUUUUGAUGUUGAUGAAGAGAAAUCCAAGCUCUUAGCAAGACUUCUAAAGAGCAACCACCCUGAGGACCUGCAGGCAGCCAACAGGCUGAUCAAGAGCAUGAUUAAAGAGGAACAAGAAAAAUCUGCCAAAGUGUCCAAAAGACUGAAUGCAAUUGAUGAGGUUCACAGCAGCGUUAAGCUACUGGGUGAAAUGCUGACCAGCUACAAGAGGCAGGAGUUAUCCAAAUCUGACCUAGAGAUUCUGCAGAGCCUGUUUGAACGCUGUGAGAAGCUCAGGCCACUGCUCUUCCGCCUUGCCAGCGAGACUACUGACGAUGAUGAGGCUUUGGCGGAGAUUCUCCAGGCCAAUGACAAACUCACCCAGGCGCUCGGCUUGUACAGGCAGGUUGUAGUGGGCCAUGACCAGGGCAGGAGGAGUUCGGAGACCAGCUCUACUGAUGCCUCAGCACCUCAGUCCCCGCUGGGCAGUACGAAGAGCUACACACUGAUCGACUUCUCCGAGCUGGGUUCCAUGUUCAAGUCUCUCACGGAGCAGGGCGUGAACACGACAGCCGCGGCUCAGCACAGCAGCACCUCUGCCUGCCUGCUCGACGAGGAGCUAAUGUCAUUAGGUCUCAAUGAUUCCCCUGUUGGACAGAGACCGUCACCUGAUUUCAGCUCCGUACAGAGUGCUGGGCACAAUGGAUAUAAUCAAACCGGAAAUGCCGAUACCCAUCAAACCGUGGUGCUGGGGGACAGCUGGCAGGGCGGCUCACCAGAGAGGAAUGCGCUUCAGGAUUUGGCAGGGCAGCUGUCUCCGCCUCCUGUGACCAGGCCAUUUCCAACGAACUUACCACCAGUGCAAUUGUCCGCGGCAGGCCUUCCGAGCAGCUUAGCUGCAGACGCUUUGUUCUCUGACCCAGCCUAUGAGCUGAAACCUGCUGCUCCUUCGCAGCCAGCCUCCAAUGAUGCUGCUUUGGCAAACCUUUUUGUCCCACUCCUUUCAAUUACACCGAGCAGUAUCCCUCCAGUUACAGUGUAUGAUCAAGAUGGUUUCAAGGUCAUGAUCCAUUUCUCCAGAGACCUAGCCCCCGGGCGACCAGAUGUACUGGUGAUGGUGCUCUCCAUGCUCAGCACAUCCACUCAGCCAAUGAAGGACAUUGUGUUCCAGGCCGCGGUCCCAAAGGUUAUGAGAGUAAAGUUGCAGCCGGCGUCUGGCUCUGAGCUUCCUGCCUUCAGCCCUUUGCUCCCUCCAGCCGUGAUAUCCCAGAUUCUGCUGCUCGCCAACCCACACAAAGAGCCCAUCCGAUUGCGGUACAAGCUCAUGUUCACGCAGGGCGGGCGGCCCUUCAGCGAAGUGGGGGAGGUGACUGGCUUCCCGGAGGCCGAGCUGUGGCGCGGGAGCUGA